UUCGCAUUAAUCAGUACCCAAGAAGUAGCUCUUGCUUUCAAAAAGGUUGGUGACCCCUGCCGUGGAGGAACCAACUGUCUAUAAGCUGUGUUUUCAGUAGUGCCGAUUUUGGUGCCGGACCAAUCUGCACGCUGUUGAUUCUUUCCCCGCCAUGCCUGUGGAUACCAAACGAGUGCGCGGCCCAAAUGUCUCCCAAAGCCCGUCUUUGUUUGCCAGCAAGCCGGCGGCCGUCUCCUCACUCGGGCCCCGAGCCGAUGGCCGCCAGCGGCACCAAGUGGACGUCCGGCCGGUGUUCGUCAGAUGCGGGCUGGUGAGUCAGGCGAAGGGCUCCGCGUACAUGGAGUCGGGAGACAGCAAGUUGAUGUGCUGCGUUUACGGACCCAGAGAGACGGAGCGGAAAGACGAGACCGACAUGAAAUGUGGAAGGUUGACAACUGACAUGCGUUUUGCUCCAUUCUCCUGCCCGGAAAGAGGCUCUUGGAUUCAAGGGAGUCAGGACAAGGACUUCUCUCUGAUGCUGCAGGAGAGUCUGCAGCCCGCCCUGUGCCUCCACAAAUACCCUCGCUCUCAAAUCGAGGUCAACGUGAUGGUGCUGGAAAACAGCGGUUCAGUCCUCGCACACGCCGUCACCUGCGCUUCCCUCGCCCUCGCAGACGCGGGCAUCGAAAUGUACGAUCUGGUUCUGGGCUGCGCCCUCUGCCAGGACGGCGCCUCUUUCGUGGUGGACCCGACGUACGCGGAGGAAAACGGCUUGAGCUCAGUCGGCAGUGACAAUCGGGGAAGGCUGACAACGGCGUUCCUGCCCAGUUUGAACCAGGUUUCCGGGCUCCUGUCGGAUGGAGAAAUGACGGAAGAGACUCUGUCAGCCGGGGUGCGUACAUGCAUCGAGGGCUGCUAUAAGAUCUAUCCUGUCAUCCAACAAGCUUUGGCUAAGGCAGUGCGGAAGGCAGCACCUCCACCGUCAGAGAGCUGAUCCGCUUAUCCAAUUUGUGCCUUUUUGUCAGUUUAUCUACCGUAGUAGUAAUUAAGGAUGUCUGAUUCCAAUACUGAUCAUCCAAAAGUGAGAACAGCUGAUACUAAUCACAUGUAUUGACUGUUUAUUUUUCAGUUUUCCAUUACAGUAUACUUUUAGACCAGGCCUGGGCAAUUAUUUUGACUCGGGGGGGCCAACUUUAGAGUGAAAAAAUGUGUGUGGGGGCCGGUAUAUCUAUUUUUAGGAGCACUAAUACAAAACCUCACAAUAGUGUCUGAAUGCCAAAAACCUUAUGACAGACCGCCUUAAAAAUGGAAUGGGAGUGUGACUGACUUCUCAAGCCGUCGUGCGGGUUCCAAGGACCGCCAAGGAAGGAUGUUUAGACUUCUUUAUUUUUCAAUAAAGGCUGCUUUUCAGCUGCUCCGUCAGCCGCUUGCCUUUCUGCUUCGGGCGCCAUCGCCUCUCUCGCGCUCUUAGUCUCUCUCUCUCUCAGCGUCAGCUUCCCUCUGGCUCCUUCUCAUCUCUCCGCCUCUCUCCCUGACGUUCACGCCUGUCGCCCUUUUAUACAGAGGAUUACUCAGCUGACCCCAGGUGUGCGAUCCACGCACCUGAUCUUGAUUGUGGCGUCGCUCCCGGCGCGCCCGGCCUCACUGCUCGCUCGCUUUCCACACCUCCUCGCCGCCAUCUUGGGCCGGGCUUCGGCGUGCCCUGCCUCGCUGUUGGACUGCCGGCCACGCCUCCUCGCCGCCAUCUUGGGCUGGGUUACAGUGUGCCCUGCCUCGCUGUCAUUCUCCACAGGGAGUUUUUUUUUUUUUUUUCUUCUGAAUGAGACACCCAGAAUGUACAUGAAAAUAAAGAAUGUGGGAUUUACAAUAUUAACUAUGAAUGAUAAAACACAGAAUAUUGACAAUAUGUGAACCUCACACCCCCUCUCGAUUGACAUGUUUUACAAUCAAGCAAAAAUGCAACAAACAGCGAAAUAUGAACGUGAAAAAAAAACCAACUACAAUCUAUUACUAAACUUUAUAACUUUGUUGUAAAAAUCUCCUUCCGCCUCUGUCACUGACACCCGCAUUUCAGGCUGACACUCUGUGGAAACGCUCCCCACCCAAACUGCUUGGUGCCUCGUCUCAGCUGCUGUGACUUAGAUCACCAUGGUAACUAAUUACAUGACCAUAGUAACUAGUAUAUCAUGCAAAAGUACAGAUUCCAUGCAUUGAAAUACUUUGUAUAGUACAAGCUACAAGACUUACGGUCAUUUGAAAAGAUGACUGCACAUCAUAAUGGCAGCUACAGUUUCCAUCUUAAAAUAUCUAAUAAAAAUUAUUUGGGAUUGUCCGGCGGGCCAAAUUGAGAAGCUUAACGGGUCUCAUGUGGCCCCCGGGCCUUAAUUUGCCCAGGUCUGAGCUAGACGAAACAUGUCAUCAGACUUCUGUUACUGGGUUUUCUUUCUACAGUGCAGCCUGUUGAAGUCCACCAACUCAUCAAAUCCUAGUCCACUGUGGUAUUAUUACCUAAGAGUGCUUGCUUAAGUCAAAUUUUGAUGACUUAAAGUUUUGGUUCAGCUGAUGUUUUGAGGGAAAAAAUGUUUUGGUUGGCCGAGUCAGCUGGUAGAGUCGAAAUGACCAAACUGGUGUGAAUAGCUGCUGCAUUGUUGGGUCUUCCUUUCAAUGCACUGCUGCAGUUCUCUUCCCUCGGGUGAAACACCUGCAAGUGUCAUUCCUUUCUCUCCACCUUGUUGUAACCAGUGUGAGGCUGAUGCAAUGUUACCUAAGGAAUCAACUGACUGAAAUGAGAGCUGCAGACAAACGUCUGUUUUUUUGUUUUCGGUUAUUACCGGCGUCUGAACAUUUUGAAAACCUGUCUGGCCUGUACCUCAUAAUACUCUGUUUAUCUGGAGCUCAUUUUAUGUAUUUUUUUAUAGGUUUGAUCGUUAGCAUUUAGGGAAAGUGUUAUUGGCCUAGAUUGCUGCUCUGUAUGUUAUCUGAGGAAUCCUGGCUGGUGUCGUCAUACACCAGUUUCAAAAUUGCCUAUUGUAAAGUUCCAAACCAUAAAUAUUACGCAUUUGCACAAUAAACCUCUGACUGGAA